GUUCCUCUCCAAUCUCAUCACCUCUAUUCAUUUAAGAAAUGGAAUCCCAAAUCAAACACGCUUUGGUGGUCAAAGUAAUGGGUAGAACUGGAUCAAGAGGGCAAGUGACACAAGUGAGAGUUAAGUUUCUCGACGAUCAGAAUCGAUACAUCAUGAGGAAUGUCAAGGGACCUGUGAGGGAAGGUGACAUUCUUACUCUACUAGAGUCUGAGAGAGAAGCCAGGAGGUUGCGUUGAUGAUGCCAUGUUCCCGGUUCUCGUGUUACAGUUACCGAUGAUUUUCCCUCUCAUCAUAAUACAACUCGAAUGAUGUUUGCUAUCAAUUUUCGCAUGUUUUCAGAAAUCUGGUUUUUGGUUACUGGCAUGUUGUCUCAAACCUUAGAUUUUAAGGUAGAAUGUUUGAACUGGAUGAGAUAAUUUAUUUGAAAAGUCAAAUGAUUUAAUUAUUCUAUCUC